CUCACCACCAACGCACUACGACCUACUAUACAGUCAGCGUUACAACAAUAAAAACACCAAAGACCAUCAACCUAUCCAUCUCAAAUCAGCGACCUCGAACAAAAAGAACCAAUCAAUAUGGGAAACGAUGGUGGCUCGAUCCCGAAACGUGACGACCUGGUCAGGACACGAGCGAGUAAGGGUAGGGUUGACGAGCAAGAAAAACAAAGCACCAAAUGGACGGAGUGUUCGCUUUCUAAGCAAAAACUAGAAGAUCCAAUCGUCUGUGACCGCUUAGGAAAACUGUACAACAAAUCAUCGGUUUUGGAGUUCUUGAUAGAUCAAAAUCAUUUCGGUCAAGAUGGAAAGCAGGUCGCUGGACACUUGAGGAGCUUGAAAGAUGUGAUCAACGUCCAACUGACCAAGAACACACAAUCCAACUCGUGGAUCUGCCCAAUCAGUCUCAAGGAAUUCGGAAUCGGGAUUGGAAAGUGCGAGCUGAAAUGGUUAUGUCUUGUUGAUUGUGGGUGCAUCUUAACAGAGCCCGGCCUGAAGCAGGUGGACGGGAACGAUUGUCCAGUGUGUGGGAAGACGGUUACCGAAUCAAUCACCGUUAAUCCCAGCGCAGAAGAGGAGGAAGAGAUGCGAUUCAAAGUUUUGGAACAACGGGUCAAAGAGCAAGAAGAGAAGGAUAGACGGAAACUCGAGAGAAAGGAGCAGAAGAAACGUAAAAAAGCUCAACCGACUGAUCAAGAAACCAUGGACGACGAACACCAACCGAAAGAGUCGUCGAACAAGAAAAUCAGAACUAUCACUGACAAACAAGCUUCCAUUCAGCCCUCUCCAAACAUCAACUCGAGCUCAAUUUCAAAAAUCACGACCGAAAUACAGAAGGAGACCCAGCAGAGCCUCGUCAAUCUAUCCUCCACAACCCUUCAAAGUAUUUACGGACCUAGAGACGCUAAUGGAAAGCAAUUACUUGGCCAACAGAAAGAAUCUUGGAUGACCAGAGGCACGUGGACUAGAUAUGCUGCCUGAUUCACCCACAUUGAACUAUCAAUCAUUUCCUAUCUUUUCAAACUGGUGAAUUCGACUUGUAAUAGAUAUACUCUGGAUACAAAUAAGCUUGUGCUUAAACGAUCCAUCAAGUGUAUGUACUCUACUGGUUCCUCUAGCUCCCAUUCUUCUCCCCGUAUUCCCUCUGCCUUCUGGCUUUUGUUUCCAUAAAUGCACGUUGUAAAUAAUAAUUGUAACGAUGAUCCUAUUGGAAGCUCGUCUCAAAUUCUAUCUUGUGGAUGAGGCGAUAGAUGGGAAUGGAAUCAUCUUUCUAAGUGAAA